AUUAACGUUACAAUGACACAAACCCUGAUUUUCUCUCUCCCAUCGCCGCUAUAUUCUUCUUCUUCCCCUUCUCUAUCUUCUUCUUCCCCUUCUCUGUAUUUUCCCCUCCUGCAUCUCCAAAUUUUCUUCACAAGUUCUUCAACCAUCUACAGCUCUCCGUAAUCAAGUAAGUCGUUUCUUCAUUCUUCUUCUCCAUUUUCCGUCUCUGUGCUCUCUCAUCUCUCUCUUCUUCGAAUAUCAUCAAAAAGGAAGGGCUUAAUUGCAAUUUCGGAUGAGUUUUGCGUCGUGCUACAGUGUUACUGCAAAGAUGGAGUAAUACUGUUCAAAAACUCAAAAAAUGACGAUUUUGGGAUGGGUUUUCCAGUAUGGUUGGAGCUCAAUUCCACCUCAAAAAUGGGUUUUCCAAUAUGGUUGGGGAUGCCCUAAUUGUCCGUCUUGAAAAGUUGUGAAAUUAAUCAGAAUUUCCCCCAAAACUAUGGUUUUUCUACCUUUUUUUCUUCCUUGAAGAAGAUCAAUAAAAAUAUACUCAAUGUAAGUAUGUUAGAGUUCAAUACAGCGCAGUCUCUAAAUUGUUGUACAAUUACAAAAAGAAAAUUGUAUACUUAAAAUAUGAGUCCAAGAAGAAAACAGGACAUAACUCAAACUUGAGAAAUGAGUCCAAGUAGAAAACAUGCCAUUACUCAAACAUGGAGACAUGGGACCAAAUAUCCCAGAAAACAGUCUGAAUUUCUGGGGGACCCAAACUAACUAGAUAGCCACAUGCUUAUGUCAACCUCUCCAUACCACACUCUACUUCUUCCCAAUUUCUCACCCAUUAUAAAAAUCUCUCACUACCACUUCUCAGUAUUUCUUCACACUCCCAAAAUUCCCAAUCAUGCCACUCUCUCCUUCAUCUCUGCUUACAUGUUUUUCGCUCUUCUUCAUUCUAUCAUCUGCAACCAAAAUCGGCAGAGGCUACCGCUUGAUCUCCAUCCAAGAGUCUCCCGACGGCGGCCUCCUCGGCCUCCUUCAAGUCAUCCACAAAAACUACAUCUACGGCGCCGACAUUCCCCUCCUUCAGCUCUAUGUCAAGCAUGAAACGGAGAAUCGUUUGCGGGUUCACAUAACUGACGCAGAGAAGAAAAGGUGGGAGGUACCAUACGAUCUUCUACCACGACAAACCGUUCCGUCAUUUAAACAAACACUUGGUGUGCAAUCACACAAACCAUCCGACUACGCCGGAAACGAGCUAAUCUUCUCUUACAAAACCGACCCUUUCAGCUUCUCCAUAACAAGAAAAUCCAUCGGCGAAACCCUCUUCGACACGACCUCCUUGCCCUCGGACCCUUACAGCGACCUCGUCUUCAAAGAUCAGUACAUCGAAAUCUCGACAAAGCUGCCCAAAGACGCCUCUUUGUACGGUUUGGGAGAGAACACGCAGCCGCGAGGAAUCAAGAUCGUCCCUAACGAUCCCUACACUCUGUACACGACGGAUGUAUCGGCGAUUAAUCUCAAUGCCGACUUGUACGGAUCGCACCCCGUGUAUAUGGAUUUGAGGAAUCGCGGUGGCGUUGCGGCGGCGCACGGCGUUUUGCUGCUGAAUAGUAAUGGGAUGGAUGUGUUGUACAGAGGGGAUUCGUUGACGUAUAAAGUGAUUGGGGGUGUGGUUGAUCUUUAUUUCUUCGCCGGUGCGUCGCCGCUGGCGGUGGUUGAUCAGUACACGGCGUUGAUUGGCCGCCCGGCCGCCAUGCCUUACUGGGCUUUCGGGUUCCACCAAUGCCGGUGGGGGUACCGCAACCUCUCGGUGGUGGAAGACGUGGUGGAGCGAUACAAGAAGGCCCGAAUCCCCCUCGACGUGAUCUGGAACGACGACGACCACAUGGACGGCCACAAAGACUUCACCCUCAACCCCAAGAACUACCCCCGCCCCAAGCUCCUCCACUUCUUGGAAAAGAUCCACGCCCGCGGCAUGAAGUACAUCGUCAUCAUCGACCCCGGCAUCGGUGUCAAUACCUCAUACGGCGUCUACACCCGCGGCCUCGCUUCCGACGUCUUCAUCAAGUUCAAAGGCAUGCCCUUCUUAGCUCAAGUCUGGCCUGGCGCCGUCAACUUCCCUGACUUCCUCAAUCCCAAGACGGUCCACUGGUGGGGCAGCGAGAUACGCCGCUUCCACGAGCUCGUCCCUGUCGACGGGCUUUGGAUCGACAUGAAUGAGGCGUCCAAUUUUUGCAACGGGUUGUGCCAGAUUCCGGUGGGCCGGAUCUGCCCGAAUGGGACUGGGCCGGGCUGGAUAUGCUGCCUCGAUUGCAAGAACGUGACGGCCACGAGAUGGGAUGAUCCACCGUAUAAAAUCAACGCGUCCGGCACGGCGGUUCCGAUCGGGUACAAGACUAUAGCUACGAGUGCAUAUCAUUACAAUGGGGUGUUGGAGUAUGAUGCUCAUAGCUUGUAUGGAUUUUCGCAAACUAUUGCGACUUAUAAAGGGCUACGGGCGCUUCCUGGUGGAAAGCGCCCGUUUAUUCUGUCCAGGUCAACGUACGUGGGGUCGGGCCAGUACGCUGCGCACUGGACAGGGGACAAUAAAGGGACAUGGGCGGAUUUAAAGUACUCGAUUUCGACGAUGUUGAAUUUUGGUAUAUUUGGGGUUCCGAUGGUCGGGGCGGAUAUAUGCGGGUUUUACCCUGCCCCGACUGAGGAGCUCGGUAACCGUUGGAUCGAGCUUGGGGCAUUUUACCCCUUCUCUAGGGAUCACGCGAAUUUUUACUCGCCGAGGCAGGAGCUUUACCAAUGGAAAUCUGUGGCUGUGUCAGCUAGGAGGGCGUUAGGUAUGCGGUACAAGUUGCUUUCGUAUAUCUACACGUUGAGCUAUGAGGCGCACUUGACGGGAGCCCCGAUCGCGAGGCCGUUGUUCUUCUCGUUCCCUAACGAGACAUGGACUUACGGGCUAAGCACGCAGUUCUUGCUCGGGUCCGGGUUGAUGGUGUCCCCUAUUUUGGACAAGAAAAAGACAAAAGUGCAUGCUCUGUUCCCGCCCGGCACGUGGUACGAUAUUUUUGAUAUGACUAAGGUUGUCGUGUCGAAAAUGUCCCAUUACCGCGCUCUCGACGCGCCCCUGCACGUGAUCAACGUGCACUUGUACCAAAACAAGAUUAUACCGAUGCAGAGGGGAGGGCUGGUCUCAAAGGAGGCUCGGGCCACUCCUUAUACCCUAGUGGUCUCCCUCCCACUGGGGGCUGCGGAGGGGGAGGCCAGGGGGAAUCUCUUUGUGGACAAUGACGAGAAUCCCGUGAUGGGGCUUGGGAAUGGCCAAUCCACGUACGUUGAAUUCUACGCGCACGUGAAUCAGGGUGCGGUGAAGGUGUGGUCCGAUGUUCGAGAGGGCGAAUUUGCCGUGGAGAAAGGGUGGUAUGUUGAGAAACUGAUUGUUUUAGGACUAAAAGGUAUUGGCAAAGGAGUUGCAAUAGAACAUGAUGGGAAUGCAAUUGUUGAUGAUUCGAAGGUUGAAAUGAGCUCAAUUGAGCAUGAAAUUAUGGAUGAUGAAAUUGAAGAGAGAGAAGAUGAGAUGAAGCAUGUGAUGGUGGAGAUUAAAGGGUUGGAAUUGUCAAUUGGGAAGAAGUUUGUUGUAUCGUGGAAGAUGGGAAACUAAGUAUGAAAAAGAUCAUUGUUUAUUUUGCUGUUAUUUCCUUUUUUUAAUGUUAUUGUGAACGAUGAGGUGAUGGCAUAAAAUGUUUGUUCAUCCCUCUUCAUCCAGGAGUGAUUUAUAUCUUGUGGUGGAAUAGCAAUGAUGCUUUUUUUUUAUAAUGUUGUACCUUAAAUGUUCAUUUGUUUGCUCAAUUUUACGAUGCGGUUUGAUAAUGUUUGAA